AAAUAAUCAAGACACCAUCCUUCAGCCAAUUCUCUCGCUACAUUCAGAGUCAAAUCUCCCAGUCCAAACCGCAAAAAUGCAGUACUUCCAGGCAAUCUCCAUCAUCUCCGCCCUCGCCGGCCUUACCUUCGCCGCCCCGGCAGCCGAGCCCCGCCAGUUCAAGGCCGUCAUCACAUUCAGCGGCGCAGCGGCCUCUUACACCCUCGACGUCCCUACCGACGCCACCGUUUUCCACACAAACAAUGGCCUUGCCGUGGACACCAUCAGCUCCCUGGGCGGGGCGACCUGCUCGUUCUCCGGCGUUGAUGGGGCCACCGUCACCAUCGUCGGCGCCCGCAGUGCUGCUGUUGCGCCGCCUCAGGCCAUCGUCAGCGGAAGCUGCUUGGCGUUUUAAAUCGCGAGCAUGAGCUGGAUUUCGGACGAGGAAUUCGACUCUGCUGUAAACGCGCGCGACGGGAAUAGAUUCGUGGAGACAUUUUUACAUGGUUUAGCCGGCAAUAUUUAAUAAACAUCAUGUCUCUUUUUCA